AUGUCUAUUAUAUCCUAUUGGCGAGAUAAAUGCCUGGCAGUCAUCUUUCGAUUUAUCAUCGGGCUCGUAAACCCCGUGCAUGCUACACCGGAUGAAGUGUGCCAUAUCAAGUCCCGAGAUGCUGGCCGAUCGAUCAAGGCUCAUGUGUAUCGCUCUUCCACCACCGGACCAUCGCCUGUCCUUCUCAACUUUCACGGCAGUGGGUUCAUACUACCACAUCAUGGCACCGACGACGAGUUCUGCCGGCAAGUCAGUCGCGAGACCAAAUAUACAGUCCUCGAUUGCCCAUAUCGUCUUGCGCCGGAACAUCCCUUCCCCGCCGCUCUAAACGACGUUGAAGAUGCCAUCAAAUAUGUGCUGGCACGCCCAGAUGAAUUCGAUCUCACCCAUGUGUCCCUCUCAGGCUUCAGCGCUGGAGGUAACCUCGCGCUAGCCGCCGCUGCCAACCUCUUCCCGGCCGACACUUUCCGCUCCCUAUUGGCAUACUAUCCCGUGACCGACCUGAACAAAGAUGGCGCCGCAAAGUCCGCUCCAGUCGACCAGGGCCGGGCGAUCCCCGUUCCGGUCGGGCGCCUGUUCAACCGCUGCUAUAUCCCUUCUACCUUUGAUAAACGGGACCCACGCAUCUCACCGCUUUUCGCACAGGCAGAACAGUUCCCACGUCGCCUCCUCAUGAUUACUGCAGAUGGUGACUCUCUUGCGCAUGAGGCAGAGGAGUUGGCUCAGAAGGUUGAGGAGUUACCUGGGCGGCAUGUGGUCAGCCAACGCAUGGCGGGCUGUACUCAUGCGUGGGACAAGCGCACGAGGGCGGGAACUCCACAAUACGAAGCUAAAGAUCGGGCCUACAAGCUGGCAGUUGACAUGCUGAAUAUGAAUAGCUGA